ACACACACACAUUUACAGGCGCGCGCACACGGAGCUAGGCUCCAAACGCAGCAGCAGCAGCAGCAGAAGAAGAAACGGCGACUGCAACGACGGCGCGAAGGAAAACAAAAACAGUAAACAAUCAACGGAAAGGUGGCGGUGGCGGUCAGAGGAGCUUCGUGGCUUCAGUUUUCAUUCAGGAAUAUCUCGACGGGUCUCUAUGGGACGGCAGCGCGGUCUGGACCGGUGUGGCACCGGGCAGAAGUUUCGCUGAGCAGCGGCUGAUCCUCGAACAGUGAGCGCUGAGGAGGAGACUCGGGGGUCCGGAUGCAGGAGCAUGGUGGAGAGAGGCAGGGCACCAGCAGUGCCCAGGUGGGUGUGUCUGCAGCAGGGCGGAGCAACAGUGUGGGCAUGGCCCCAGUGGAGGACAUGCAGGCACUGUCCAUCACCGCUCUCUCGGCCUCCGAGGUGGAACAGCAGUAUGAGCUGAUUGGUCCAUUAGGGAAAGGCACAUAUGGCAGAGUGGACCUGGUGGCUCACCGCACACAGGGCACAAAACUGGCUCUAAAGUAUGUGAGCAAGAAUAAGACCAAGCUGCGAAGUUUUCUGCGUGAAUACAGUUUGACGGCUGCUCUGGGCUGUAGUCCAUUCAUCAUUAAAGUUCUGGACAUUCUGUUUGAGACAGAGGAGAGCUAUGUGUUUGGUCAGGAGUAUGCGCCUGCAGGUGACUUGUUCGACAUCAUACCUCCACAGGCUGGUCUGCCAGAGGACAUGGUGAAGCGCUGUGUGCAGCAGCUGGGCUUGGCUCUGGACUUUAUGCACAGUAAAAGUCUGGUGCACCGGGACGUGAAGCCCGAGAAUGUGCUCCUGUUCGAUCGUGAGUGCCGACGCGUCAAGCUGGCUGACUUCGGCAUGACGCGGCGUGCGGGAAGCAGGGUCAAGCGAGUCAGCGGCACCAUCCCUUAUACAGCUGCUGAGGUGUGCCAAGUCACCGGCUCGGAAGGCAUCAUCGUGGCAACCACCCAAGAUGUGUGGGCGUUUGGUGUCUUGCUGUUCUGCAUGCUCACUGGCAACUUCCCUUGGGAAGCGGCGCUGCCCAGCGAUGCCUUCUACGCAGAGUUUCAGCGCUGGCAGAGAGGGACAUGUCCGCCGGGCGCCGUGCCCUCGCAGUGGCGCCGCUUCUCUGAUGACGCGCUGCGCAUGUUUGGCCGACUGCUGGCACUGGAGCCCGACCGACGCUGCGGCGUCAAGGAGGUCUUCUACUUCCUCAAAUACGACCUGCUGACCCACCAUCGCCGCAGAGCUUCCUGUAGAGCCUCCAGAGGUGUGGCCACGCGUGGCUCCGCCCAUAGACAUGCAGAGCCUUCCCCCCCGCCUGGCACUUCCUGCCUUCGGCCUACCCCUCUCAAACGUAGCAUCCUGUCAGAGCCACACUCCUCCAGGGAAGAGGCGUCAAAAAGCCCCUCCCCCAAUCGGCAGGACAAGAGUAAGAUGGUGAUGGCCACGCCCAUAGAAAUCUGUGUAUGAAACUGCACUUUCCUUCCAUGUUCAGAAGAUAACGACUGUUUAGUGUAAGAAAACUGCAAAACAGUCGACCCUCCUCUCCUUUCACUUAACUGCAAAGGGAUUCCUAACAAUGAGCCGCAAAACCGUGGCUGAAAUUAGACUUAUUCUUUAACGGUGGCACCAGUGAAGAGUACACGUUAGAAGAUGGAUCUCCUCAGAACUCAUUUAAUCACAGUGCAAAAGUUUUAUGCUUCCUCUUAACAAGAGCUAAUCAUAGUAAGGGAUAAGAAUUUUGAGAUCAUUUUGAAGUAGUUUUAUUAGUUAUUUAUCAAUCUCUCAAGACUGAUUAGUUAUCAGUCUUUGGACUUAAAGGGGAACUCUUUUUCAAAAGUUUCUGAUAGUUAUAUUACUGAGAUGUAAACAAAGUCAUUUAAAGUGUUUCGAUGUGAAAUUGUUCACUGUAGAGAAGCUUACUGACUGAUUUCUUUACAGUGGUGGUGAUAGGAACCAGAAGUUGUGAUGUCUGAUUUUUAAUGAGCAGCCAUUUUAUUAACGUUUAUUUACUGUACACCACAUUUUAUUUACUAAUCAUAACUAAACAACCAGUGAACCUACAUGUGUCUUCUGAGUUUUUAUAUGUAAUGAUGACAAUAGUGAAAAAGUGAUCAAUCUGAAAAAGAAAACAGACUUUUAUUUGGGGAAUAGCCCUGCAUGUAACUCUUAGCAUAAAAGAAGUCUAAAAAAUAUAUUUUUGGUCCAGAAUCUGAUGAGAAACUAUUGGAAAACAAUGUCUGAGACAUCAGACAGGGUAUUUUAAAUGCUUUCAUGUAAUACCUCUCUGUGAGAGAGCUUUUGGAGACAGUAAACACUUCAGAUGUCUGGUUCCUAUCAGCACCACUGUGAACAAUUCUGAUUAAGUAUGUUUCUCUAGAAUAGUGCAUUUCACAUCAAACCACUCUAAAUGACUUUGUUUACAUCGGACCGAUUUAUUUAUGCAGGAAAUGUGAAAAAUCAGUGGAAUUACCCUUUAAGUUAUUCUUUCUGCGACUCUGUAAGCAUCAAACUUUCAAAGAUGCACGCGAAUGCUGUUUCUGAGGAGGCCCUCCCCCCUCAUGUGAGUCACUCAGCCAGCCUAUCAGAGGGCCAGUGAUCUCAGAAGCGUUUGACUGAUACAAGUGGCACAAAUGGGACCACAAGAUGAGCUGUAAAUUUAUUUGCCCAAGUUCACUGAGACUAAACUGAACGUUGUUCAUGGCUACAUUCACAGAAGAGAAACACUGCAGUCCAUUUGCAGGGACGCUACAUCUACUGGACAUUACUUUCCUUCUCCAGGACUCGACCAAGUAUCUGUAGAUGACAGGGAUUCUUCUGAUUUACGUGUGUGAGUGAGUGUAAGUGUGUAUGCUUUGUUUGUAUUUAAUAGUUCUAUACAAGCACAAGCUUUCUAUAAGUCUUUUAAGGGUCUGUAUGGACUGCUGUUAAGAGAGCCUAUCAGAAUCUGUCUGAAGGAAACAACGGUACUCAGAAUUUGAGUUGAAGGCUAAUGCUCCCUGGAGCGUUGUCAGUAUAUUUUAUCAGGUAGUAACACUAUGUAGCUUUAUUUUUAAACCAGAAGAGAUAGACUUUAUUAACUAUUAAUCUGCACAGAAGUGAACUGUCAUAGCCUGGACAUUAGUACACGUUUACAAAGCUUUGAAUGGUGGAGAACUGUUAAACUUUUAGCUUUUAGCAUUUUUGGGUACAAAAAAGUAUUAAGGAUGUUCUUUCUAACGCCUGAAACACUGAAAAUAAGAAGAGUAGGGCAUGGUGAUUCAAAUAAAUGUAGCAUGGGGCUAAAAAUGGAGCUGGGUAAAUAGCAACGUUGGGCUUAGGAAAGGGAACGUUUGCAAAAAAGGGAGCAAAAUGUGGGUGCACGGGUUGGGGGUGAUUGGGAUUGAUACUGUUGUGUUGUGUUGUAUUAUACAGCUCUCCUUUACAGUCUCCUUUAAACUAUGUAGCGGAGGGUAUGAUCUAGGAGUAAUGGUUUGAUCUAGGUAUAAUUUUUGGCCAUGAUCAGGGCUGGGUAUCAAUAUUUAAUACUUUUAUUGUAUAGACUGAAUUGCCUUGGUCUUAGAAUCCGUGAGCCAAUGAACAUGCUUGUUCCACAAUCUAGCCUGCUGAUUGGCUGUCCAAAUUGCAUAUGCACCCUAAUAACAUUAGCAUGUUACAGCCAGUAAAGUUUAAGCCCCACCCAGGAGUCUUUCAGGAGUAUGUAUCGAAAUCAGAGUGUUGGUAUCGAUCUCAAAAAAAUGUUUUAACGAUACCCAGCCCUUGUCAUCAUAUCAACUUGAAUAUAAUGUUAUGAAUGGGGGACUUGGAGGAGGGCAAUAUGAUUGAAAUAUAAAAUCACUAUACUUGAAAGCAUUUUCACAGUUUGUAUCUUGAUAUUUUGUUUUUUUUUUUGGUCAGAACAGAGCCAGAUACAAAGCACCUAUUGACAAGAAUGCUAUAAAAACUAGUGCAACAAUGUUAUGAGCCAUUAUGCUGGUUGGCUCAUGGUAUUAUUUGGAUUUGAACUAGCGAUCUCCUGAUGGUUACACUACGUUAAAGCCUGUAUUAAAGGAUGGGGCAAAAAAAAAAUUAAUUUACAUAAUUUUCCACUUAUCUCAGAUAUUGUCAACCAGCCAAGACACGUUUGGAGUCCAAAUUUAGCUUAUUUGUUACUAGAGCUAUGAGGCUAAUGUUGCUAACAAACAUUAGAAGUGAAUAGUGACCUAAAUCUGCAAGUUUAGGGGAUGUUUCUGGGUGACUGUUGACUUUUAGAGACUCAUAGCUUCAGCGCUAAACAAAAGAACCAAAGUUUGGGUGCCAAACAUGCCUUGGCUGAUCGACUAUGUGGAGUAAAUGGAAAAAACUGAGUUAA